UGCUUUUUGGAAAUGAAAAGAAGGUGUUUCUGCAUAUUUUUUAUUUACGAAAGUUAAAUGCUUUGUUUUGAUUUUUGCUGUGAGUGACGACAAGCACGACAUUGGUUGUGAUCCCUAUUGAAACUGAACACUGCAUCCUGUUAGUUUGUCUAACUGGAAGAAGAGACAUGGUCAGUUGCGUUGCUUGGGGAUGUACUAAUAACACCAACAAGUCUAAAUCUGGAAGCAUGUGUCAUUUUUUUCAAUUUCCAAGAGAGGCAACACGCAGAACAGCCUGGACGCAGCGAUGUCAACGAGGAGAGAAGGGCUGGUCUCCAUCGAAACAUGCUCGUCUUUGUUCGGAGCAUUUCGAGUUAUCUGCGUACGAACGAGAUCCUGCUCGAUUGAAGAAAUUGGGAUAUGAAAAUGCUAGAGUGAAACUCAAGCCAGAUGCUGUGCCAACAUUGUUCCUGAAGAAAACAUUUGUUGCUAAUUUUGACAAUGCAACUGCGACACAAGGGUCUCACAGGAAGCAACGGGCAACCAAGGAAACUAAUGAUGUUAAAACUUUUCAUCAGUGUAUAGUAUGUGAUGAUAUUUUUCAUAAGUAUAGUGACUUGGAAAACCACAAUAAAAUCCAUGUUAAAGAAGAGGAAACUGAUGAUGAUGGUUUAGAUUCUGAAGGACAUGCUGAAAUUACCUUAGAUCAAAGUGCUGAUGUAAAUGUUAAAAAAGAAAAAACUAAUGAUGUUGAAUUAGAUAAAAAAUUUAAAGAAGAGAAAACUGAUAAUUUUAGCAUAGACCAAACUUCUGAUGUUAAAAAAGAUCAAAUAAAUAAUGUUGAAACAUUCCAUCAGUGUCGACUGUGUGGUGAUACAUUUGGAUUAUACACCGACUUAGAGACACAUUGUAAAAUACAUGUUAAAGAAGAACAGUCUACAGCAAGUACUUCAUAUCGGAAUAUAGUCUGUGAAGACAGUUUUAACGUAGACACUGAAUUAGGGAUUCAUAUUUCAGCACACCAUGGAACAUUUAUUCCUAAUGAAAAACAAAAUACAGAUAUUUCUAUUCCUCAUCUGUCUGAUGAAGAACAAUCGCCACAAAAGGGGACAUCUUUGUCAAAAGAUUUACAUGUAAACCAAGAAAUCAAGUCAUUAUUUAAAUGUAGUGUUUGCAGUAAAUCAUUUAACAAAAACAGUAAUUUACAGGUUCAUCUACGAAUACAUACUGGCGUAAAACCUUAUAAAUGUGAUGUUUGUGAUAAAUCAUUUAUUCUUAAUGGUCACCUACAGAGACACACCAGAACUCACACGGGGGAAAAACCCUUUCAGUGUAAUUUGUGUAGUAAAUCAUUUUCUAGACAUUGUUCACUUAAUAAACAUACAGUAACCCAUACACGAGAGAAAAUGUUCAAAUGCCACAUUUGCUGCAAAGCAUUUACCCAAAAUGGUACUCUUCAAAAUCACAUUAAAAUUCACACCGGGGAGCAAACCUAUAGAUGUGAUUUAUGUGGUAAAUUAUUUUCAACAGUCAGUGACUUUAAUAGACAUUGUAGAACCCACACAGGUGAAAAGCCUUAUAGAUGUGAUGUUUGUGGAUCGUUUUUUACGCAAAAAAGUACGCUACAGAUGCAUUUUCGAACUCAUACAGGCGAAAAACCCUUUCAGUGUAGUUAUUGUCUUAAAUCAUUUUCUUUGAAAAACAUGCUCACGAGACAUGUCCGCUUACAUACUGGUGAAAAACCGUAUACAUGUGAUGUUUGUAAUAAAUCAUUUAGUUUAUUAUCUAAUUUAAAGCUGCAUGCCAGAAUUCACACUCAAGAGAAACCCUACAAAUGUUCUAUCUGCCAUACACUGUUUCGACAAAGCAAUAAUUUAAAGAGACAUCUCAAAAUUCAUAGCUCAGGUAAAGAAAAGCCAUUUAAUUGUGAUCUGUGUACUAAGUCCUUUAGUCAGAAACGUUGCCUCCAGUUUCAUUGUAAAACUAAACAUGGAAAAAUUCUAUGAAUUAUGAAACAAAACCUUUUUUGUACAGCAAUCAUUCAAAGGAAUCAGUAAGGUUUAGGCCACACAAAAAAAAAAUUCUGGUUCAGACAAUCCUUUGUACAAAUUUGAUGUGAGUGUGCGGCUUUUUUUUUUGUUUUUAUUUUCUCAAAAUCUUGUCUAGCCAGUUCUUCAUUUUUAUAAACUUACAAAAUUAUAAAACAUAAAAUAAGUAAGAUUCUGAUAUAACGGUCAAAUAAUGCCUUGACUUCAUCCAGGGAAAAUGUUUUCAAAUCCACCAGUAUCGAUACUGUUAAAGCAUGGAAUUUGCUUUGACUUAAAAACAAGUCUGUGCCCCAUAUCUCCCAACGGAGAAUACUUUCGGUCAUCUCUCUCAGAGUUAUCAGUUAUAGUUAGUUAUUUUGAGUUAUCAGUUAUAGUUAGUUAUUUUGAGUUACCAGUUAUAGUUAGUUAUUUUGAUUAUAAAAAAUGAAAGAUUGACAGCGAAAUGUCGCCAAUAACAAAUUAACAAUUCAUUGUCCAGUGCUGUUCUUGAUUAUCAGUAGUCUUUCCCAUGGUUACGUACUUGAUAUACGAGUCUAUUGUUCAGUUCCUCUUUUCAAGACAUACGAAAAUGGAUAAGUUAAGAUAAAAAACAUGUGACAUGGUGGUAUCAGAGAACCAGAAGAUUUUUUUUGAGUGUGGCCUAAAUUUAGUAAUAAUAAUCGUGCUAUGUUAUUCCUACAUGUACAUGUAGGUGGUUGGAUGGAUGAAUGGUUAGAGCGAGAGCGUUGUAUCAUAAGGUCUGUCAUGGAGUCAACUUGCAUGAUUUCGAUUCCCUGGUUGUACGCGGCAAGAAAUAGGUUCGCCUGUCCAGACUCGUGGGUUUUCUUCGGGUCAUCCUACUGCUAAAGACCUCUACCUACAAGCGAAUUAUUUAAAUAAAAUUGAACUAUAGAUGUAUGUUAGUCCUGAAAUAACCUGAGUGGACGUUAAACCCCAUUUCUCUCUCUCUCUCUAUUCCUACAAGCCUUUUUAUAACCCAAGGCGAUCUUACGCCUUGUUAUGUACCACCAGGAAAUCGAAACCACGCAAGUUGACUCAAUGACAGACCUUAUGGUGCAAUGCGCACACACGCUAACCAUUCGGCCAUCCAACCCCCAUAUUAUGAAAUUCAAUUACAUAUAGUUUGAAAAUAACCCUUUAAAAGAUUUUUUAGCUUAAAUAUUACAGUCAAUAGGUGGCUUUAUUGUUGCAAGUGGAGGACAAGCUGAUCGUGUAAAUUAUGUGUUUACUGUUGUAUUUACCAUAUUAGUAUUAUUAUAAUCUAUUAUAUUAAAGAUUUAUUUAUAUCAACUAACAGUAUAUAUGUAUCUACAUAAAUACAAAUUAUACAAUUCUAUGUACAACAGAUAAAUAGUCAGUUAUGUGUGGUUUUGUAAAGCAUAUAUUUGGCAAAAUAGAUUUACAUAAGUUUCUUGAAUUAUUAAUAUCUAUAUAAAUACAAGUGAUUCAUUGCAUCAUAGAAAUCUGUAUACAAUAGAUAAUAGUUACGCAUGAUUUUGUAAUUGUAAUGCAUGUCAUUGGCAAAAUAGAUUUACACAAAAGUUUCUUGAAUAAAAGCUUGAAGAACCA